UUACAGGUUGGUGACUUUGCAGUUGAUAAUAGAGCUGGCAUUAGCAGAACUUUACACCGAAUUAGUGCUAUUAGAAACCGGAAAGGUGCAAUUAUUGGUUUAACUUGUCGAGUUGGCCGUGCAUUAUCUGGAAGUGCCAACUCGUUGCGAGAUCUAGUUAAAGAUGGUGCUUCUCUGCUGCUCAUUGGUCCACCUGGAGUUGGAAAAACAACUAUUAUCAGGGACAUAGCCAGGAUGCUUGCAAAUGAUUAUGGGAAGCGCGUAAUGAUUGUUGACACCUCUAAUGAAAUUGGUGGGGAUGGUGAUAUACCUCAUGCAGGAAUAGGUAAUGCUCGCCGGAUGCAAGUUCCACACUCUGACGUGCAACACGAGGUGCUGAUAGAAGCAGUGGAAAAUCAUAUGCCACAAGUGAUUGUAAUCGAUGAGAUUGGUACUAAACUUGAGGCAAUGGCUGCCAGCACCAUUGCACAACGAGGAAUUCAGUUAGUUGCAACUGCUCAUGGUGUAACAAUAGAUAAUUUAGUGAUGAAUCCUGCUUUGGAGAUGCUGGUUGGAGGAGUACAGAGUGUAACACUUGGCGAUGAAGAGGCAAGCAGGAGAGGCGUUCAGAAAAGUGUGCUGGAGAGGAAGGGUCCAUCAGCUUUUAGCUGUGGGGUUGAGAUAAUCUCCAAGGCAGAACUGAGAGUUCACCCUGAUUUAGAAGCAACAGUAGAUGCAAUUCUUGCAGGCCGUUACCCAAGAUAUGAAACACGCAAGAUAAAUCCAGGAUCACAAGAUGAAACAAGGAAAAGUUCAUCCACCCAAGCACCAUUUGAUGAGAGAAAUGAAGUUUUGGUUGAAGAUAUUAUCCAGAUGAAUGGAGGUGUACCUGGUUCUACUGAGCUCAUCUCAGAAACAGAUUCAAGCAUGGAAGGAGGGUCCGGUGAAAGUGAGAAUGCCCUUUGCAUUUUUCUAUAUGGGAUCUCAGAGGCAAGUGUGAUACAAGGGAUAAAACAGUUAAACAUCGAUGACGCCAUUGAGUUUACUGAUAAUAUCAGCGAAGCGGAUGUGUUACUUGCUCUGCAGUCCAAGCUUAAGAAAAACUCUCGGAUUCAAGCAGCUGCAAAAUCUCACGGCAUUCCUAUUUAUAUGACAAAGACAAGCUCCUCAACGCAGUUAACAAAGGCCAUACAGGCAUUAAUAGUUGAUUUUGCUGAUGGCUUUGAGUUUCUCGAAUCUGAAGCUAAGACGAAUGACUCUGAAAAGAUUGAUGCAUUGGAGGAGGCUAGAAUAGCCAUGGAGCGUGUAGUAAUUCCAAAAGGGGAACAAGUUGAGCUACUCCCUAGGCCAUCAAAUAUUAUAUUGCUUCAGAAGGAUCUUAUUAGGAAGUACAAGCUAAAAUCAGAGCGAAUUGGAGCAGGGACGGAUGUAAGGCUUCGAAUUCUCCCUUUCUCCGGUGCAUCUGACGAAGACAGUCGGGAUAGUGAAGGAGUUGAUGAUGAGAGCGAAGUUGAUGAAUUAUUGAGGCCGAAUGCUGAAUCAAAUGGAUCUGCCUAUACGUUGGACAGAUUACCUCUACUACCUGAAUAGAAAAUAGAUUGUUUUGUUUUAAAGCAGUUUGUCUCUAGCAGAGCAGAAAUGUCUUACUAUCCAGCACACCUUACAUAGUGCAUCCCUCAACAUCUAUUGAGCAUAUUCUGAAUCUAUUGGGUAUAAAUACAAAUGGUUACCUACAUAUUUGGGUUUGGAUUCUGA